UCGACAAGUAACUGAUAUUUCGGAAAGAGUUGAUCGGUGCAUGUUCCGAAAACAACACAUCGCGCACUCCGCUUGAGAUACGCUGCAAGGAUUUCCAGAUUAAAAAAGAAAAAGUUCGAAUAUUUACAAUGCUAGAAACAUAGUUACAACAGAGCGGAGUCGGGUGUCGUGGAAAACAAGUUUUUUUGUUUAUUUCUUCCAUCUCACAGACGCUAAAGUUUUUUUAGAAACCCACCUUCUUUGCAUUUGGAUAUGAAAUUAAUGCUUGGAUAUUGAAGUAGUCACAGGGAUCUACCAUGAAAUCAACUGGAUUGAAUAGUCGAGACAGCUGGCUCGCAACGAUGGCCUGCACGUUCAUCAGUUUUCUUUGCAUGAUGCCAGUGAAGCUUAGCGGCCUGCUCUUUGUCGAGAUUCUGGAACGCUACAACACCGACAGGGCAAUGGCGUCCUACCCGCUUUUCCUAUGCAUGGUGGUAAGGUGUUCGGGAGGACCUAUCACCGGAUACUGUGGUGAGAGGUUCGGCUUGAAUGCUGUGAUCUUGACGGGAUGCGUCCUCUCAGCACUUGGAGUUGGCGCUUGCUUCCUGGCCGAAGACAUUAUCACUGUGAUCAUUUUUCUGGGGUUAGUCUACGGGUUGGGAAUGAACUUAAACACUACCCUUUUUCCUCAAGUCGUAAAACAGCACUUCAAUAAGAACGUCACUUUCGCCAUUUCAAUGACCAUGUUCGGGGGAUGCUUUGGAGGUUUCAUCAUCCCGCCACUCAUAAAGUGGAUCUUCCAAUCGUAUGGUGUCUCUGGUACUUUUCUUAUCAUGGGAGGAAUCAUGUUAAAUGGUGUGCCCGCCACAAUGUUGCUCAAAAUAUUGAAACCGAAGAAGAAGUCUGUUCAGAUCAGCCAGAAAGAAGUCAAGCCUUUGGUAGCAGGGCCUGAAGAACUCGUUGAUGCAAUCAAAAUAAAGAAUAUCGAUGAUGAGAAACAGAAAAAUAUUGAAGGAAAGAAAGAGCUUUGCAUCUGGGAACUGAGAGAUAUCAGCAAUAACAAAAUACCGAGCUCUUUGUCAUCAGAGCUGAUAGAUGAUGAAAAAUUAUUAAAUAAUGGAACUACGAUACAUUUUAAACCCCAUCUAAUAGAAGAUAAGUUGCUUAAAAACAACAAAGACACAUUAGAACAAACUGCCACUCUUUUACCUAAGUGUAUUGAAUCAGUUCACGAAAAUACCGAAAACAACGUUCCGUCUGAAGCAAAAGUAGCUAACAAAAAACCGGUGUCCAAACAAAAGGCAGCCCUACAAUCUCUGACUAUAUUUUUAGACUUCGCGUUUUUAACCAUGCUUGUAGCAAUGAGUGCCGAAGUCAUCAUUCAGGUGUGGACGUUGACCACUGUGUUGGAUUAUGCGAGAGACAAAAGCAUCGACAGAAUCUACGAAGUGUAUUUUCUAAUGGCCUUGCCCUUGGCAGAAUUGUUUGGCCGAGUAUUUUUAUCUAUGAUAAUAGAUAGAAAUUAUCUUACUAAAAACAAUUUCACAAUCCUUAGUUUCAUUAUAUUGGCUGUGGUCGUGUUGAUCAUGGUAUGGGCAAAGACCUUUGCUGUCAUGAUGGUGGGAAUAUUAGCAUUUGGACUGGUCACCAGUGGACUUCUGUCAGUGUUCCCAAUGCUUAUUUUCGAGUUUAUAGAGCCGAAGAACUACACAAUGGCUAUGGCUUCAAAGUCAUUUCUUUAUGGUCCGAUGAGCUUCUUGUGUUCUCCUCUAAUAGGUUACUUUAGAGGCACCAGGGGAUCCUAUGACUGGGUGUACUACAUUCAAGCCAUAAUGUCUGUGGUUUGUGCUAUUCUGACGAUGACAACGCCGUAUUUAGCGAAGAGAAGAGACCGGAAAAAAGCGAAAAGGCGUGAGAAGGCAAAGUUAAAAUCUUCGAUUAAUGCAUAAAUGUUCCAGUGGCUAUUUCAUCUUGUUAUAUAGUUUUAUUACAGUUAAACAAAUUAGUAAAUAAAUAUUUUUUU